CUUUUCUUUCCCUUUCAAAUGGAAACGUACGACUUUUUCAUCUCUCCUGAUCUCCUCCGCCGUCUCCUCCGCCGUCUCCGCCUCCCGACUUGAUCUUCAUGGCUGCCACACAACAACAACCCAACUCCUCCUCCUCCUCCUCUCUCCGCCGCUCCUUGUCAGACUCCAACACGCGCCGCCGCCAACGCCGCCGUGGGAGCAUCUCCACAGCCUCCUCCUCCUCAAAAUCGUCCUGGUCCACAAAGCUAGCCAAACUCUUAGCCCGUCUCAACCUCUUCUCCCGGAACUCCGACUUGACGGAAGAAAGCCUCCAAGCCCAUAACGAACGAAUCGACGACCUCGAUAAAACCCCCCUUAAAUCCAGCCCUUAUUACCGCGGCCUCACUGACUCCUCCCUCGCCAUCAAUUACCACCAUGGCCCACUCACCACUGGUCCCCACCACUACGCCAGCUCAACCACCACGGCCCAAACUCAAACCUCUCUCUCAUACGCCGUCGUUUCAAAACUCAAGGAGUGGGCCCCAUGUCUCAUAGGAAAACCCAAUACGAAGCCGCCAGCUCAUCAACAAUACGAAACUCCAACGACGACAACAGUUGUGGGUAAAACGACGUCGUUGGCUGUUUCGUCGUCUCCGGAGAAGAUUGAGAGGUGGGCGACGGAGAAGGAAGAGAAGCUGUUGAGGGAGAGAUUAGUAAUGUAUGGGCGGAGAGAGGGAGGGAGUGGAGUGGGGGUAGACGGCGGAGGAGAGGCGGCGGAGAAGGAGAGGUACACGUGGGGGGAUAAAUACAGGCCAAAAGUGCUGGAGGAUUUUAUAUGCAAUCGGAAAACGGCGUGUGAGUUGAAGAAAGUGGUGGAGGAGAAGGGAUGUGGGCAUUAUAUAUUCGAAGGGCCGCCGGGAGUUGGGAAAAGGACGAUGAUUCAAGCCAUGCUCAGACAGGCUUUCGGAGAACAAGCAAUGGAGGUCAAGGAAGUUGAUAGAGUUUUUGCCUUGAAGAGUGAAAUGGUGGGGAGCAUUGAAGUAAAGGUGAAGGAAUCAUCCCAUUGUGUGGAAGUCAAUCUCUCACAAACCAAAGGCUUUGAGAAACAAGUCAUUGACCAGCUCAUCAAAGAAACUCAAUCCCCUUUGCCAUGUAAUCAUGCCAGAUGUCGAGGGAUAUUGUUAUGUGAAGCAGAUCAGCUAUCAAAUGAAACCCUAAUGUACGUAAAAUGGGCAAUUGAGAGGAACAAAGGGUGCAGCAAAAUCUUCUUCUGUUGCUCUGAUGUCUCUAAGCUUCUUCUUCUUAGCUCUUUCUGCACUCACGUUCAUCUCUCCCCACCUUCAAAGCAAGAGAUAGUGGAAGUUCUGGAAUACAUAGCAAAACAACAAGAAUUCGACUUGUCGCGUCGAAUGGCAGAGAGAAUCGCCGACAAUUCCAAGAACAACCUCCGACAAGCCAUUCGAUCCUUGGAGGCUUCGUGGAAAAAAAGUCGCUUGUUUGAAGAAGAUGAGAAUAAAUUAUUGACGGGUUGGGAAGAUGAUAUUGCUGAUGUUGCUAAGAAGAUCGUCGAGGAGCAAAGCCCAAAACAGCUGUAUAUUGUUCGUGGAAAGCUAAAAAAGCUUAUUGAAUACGAUGUCUCCCCCAAUUUCAUUUUUAAGACUCUAGUAGAUGAAUUAAAGAAGUUCUUGGACGAAGAAUUACAGCAUCGAGUCGAAAGUUUCUAUGCCGAUUAUAACAAAAUGGAGGAAAAACCAUUUGUCACUGAAAAAGGCAAUGGGGAAGAAGCCGUGAUCAAAGAGCUGCAUGAUCCUAUGAGAAAGAACGUUAACCACUUCUUGAAGAUUGAAGAAUUCAUAGCGAAGUUCAUGAGCUGCUACAAGGGAGAAGCAAAUAAGAACAAUUAUUUGCUGACAUGAAAAUAAAUAAAUAAAUAAAUACUCUCAAUAUACGAAAGCUUGGUGUUUGGGGGAAAAGACGCUUUUAGCCUUCCCCUUGGUUAUACAGAUCAUAUUAUUGUUUAAUAUAUUUAUACACAAACUUAUAAGAUAUUACAUGUAAUAUUAUUUGGAUUUUA